GCUCCCCCCACGUUCCACUCCGCAUCUCGACCACGACAUGACCGCCGUGCCAGAGAAGGUGCUGAACUGGCUAUACAGCGUUCUACCCAGUGAAUAUACGGAUGUGAAUCGCACAUAUCACGACGUCGUCGAAACCCUGUCCCACUACCCAUCGCUCUCCCCGCGAACAGAAGUAUACACUUAUGAGAAUGGAGCCUCUGCGCUACUCCUGCUACUCAGCGGAACCCUCCCAGUAACCUUUCGCGGCGCGACGUAUGGCUUUCCCGUCGCGAUAUGGAUACCACACGCCUACCCCAGAGAGUCUCCGAUUGUAUAUGUCACGCCGUCCCAGGACAUGCUGGUGAGACCUGGGCAGCAUGUCAGCGGUGAGGGAAGGAUAUACCAUCCGUAUCUGGCACAGUGGGGGAAGUAUUGGGAUAAAUCAACCAUAUUCGACUUUUUAGCUGUCUUAAGAGGCGUCUUCGCCAAAGAGCCUCCACUCCGCUCGAAACAGGCACCCGUAAACGCAACUGCAGCACCCACACCUCCUCCAGUACCGCCUCCGCCUCCAGAAUGGCGGCGCUCUGUCCAAGGUUCUCAUGGGCCAUCUUCAUCUCCCGGUCCAACAAAUCAGGAAUCGGUUCCGCCUCCCAAACCGCCAAAGCCGUAUGAGAAUACUGGCGGAACUCUGAACCCUCCGGCACAGCUCGAAGACAGGUAUAGCCGACCGCCGCCCUUACCUCCGCAUCCCCCUCAACCACAGGAGCAGCGAUAUAGGCAACCUUCGCGAGAUGCCUAUGGCGGUCCAAGUCACGGGCAGCAGCAUCGUACACCUCCCGGUGCAGCACCCUCAACAGGCUAUGACAUGCAGCUACCAGCACCAGGACCUAUGCAACCACAAGCGGAAGCUCAAAAUUUACCCAGCUAUCAGCGGAACUCGUAUGAAAUCGGCAGUCCUGUGAGCCCCAUCACCCCGGAUGACAGAUAUCGGAGACCGGCUCCUCUUCCACAGCCAGCGCAACGCUCCGCUAGCCAACAGUAUCAACCCGCACCGCCUCACCCUCAACCCCAUAGUCGGUAUCCGCCGGCUCCCGCACAGUACGCUCCACCCGCACAGGGAUACCCUCACCCUCAACCUCCAUACCAGGCAGCUCAACCAGUCCCACCCGUGCCCAAACCUCCUGUAAACCUCAUAGACGAUCCGCUUGAGGUCACACUCCCUUCACAGGCAAAGGACCAACCCGCAAUACCCGUCCCACCCGUCCCCCCGAACCCAGAGAAAGAUGCACUCCUGCAAGCCCUCAGCCAAACCCUCUGCGCUCAGAUCCGCCAAACCGUCACAUCGAAUACAUCCGCUCUCGCGCCCCUGCGCUCACAACAAGCGGCCCUUCAAACAGCCUACUGGACCUUACAAAACGAGCUCCAUCAGGUGCAAGAGCUUGAUGCUGCGCUCGCCUCGAACGAGAAGAUCCUGCAGGAAACGAUGAGGGAGGCGGAUCGCGUCAUGGAGGAGGCGCGCACGCGGAAGGUGCCUGAUGUGGAUGACGUGUUGGUUGCGCCUACGGUGGUCGGUGGCCAGUUGUAUAACCUUGCUGCUGAGGAGAGAGCCAUUGCGGAUGCGUUGUUCGUGCUUGGGAAGGCGUUGGAUAGGGGGAGGGUUGGCGCGGAUGUCUUUGUCAAGCAAACGAGGAGUCUGGCUAGAGAGCAGUUCUUGAAGAAGGCGCUUAUCAAGAAGAUUGCGAAGGGGUUGGCUCUUGAUGAGUUUCCGGUGCGGUGAGUUUUGCAAGUGGAGGGAGCUCAAGUGGGCAUGUCAAAGUAGAGCAUAGCUUCAUACGGUAAGGUCCGAGCAUAAUAUCCAGAAUCCAUAUCCUCAUCUAAGGGGC